CAAGCAGGAGAGCUCGUGGGUCCAGCGGCCUCUUCUGAGAACGGCAAUCGUGUCUCGCCAGCCAAGUCCCUCGGCGGUGCCGAGCACCUCUCGCAGCUCCCAGGAAAGGCCGACUCUGCUUACAGCUCCUUCUCCGGGAGCUCCAGCGUCCCCGAGUACCACGUGCCGUUGUGUUACGGUGAGCAGGCAGCGUACAUGGACUCGGAGUACGUGACGGGUAUUUACAACCUCAGCACGGCCGGCUCCGAGCUCGUGUGCGCGCAUCCGAACAAGCCACCGGACCUGAGCGGCCACAGUAACUGUCACCGUGACUGCCUCGCUGAGCGACAUGGAAACGCUCCUGCCCGAGGGACCGCGGACAGAGAUGUGUCCUGGAGUCAAGGCAGGGAUGAAAUUACUGAGCAAGGUAGAGCGGCAGCUGGGAGAAAGGCUCUGGAGCACAAGGACAUUUCUGAUUUAAAAAAUGAUCUCUCUAAGUCACAAAAUCAGGGGUUAAAGACAGAGGAGAAUGGAGAGCGGAGUCUAUGCCAAGAACCUGUAAAGAGAAGCAAUCCACACAUUUUCAGCAGACCUUCUUCAUUCAUUUUUCAAGAAUACUUAAAGACUGAUUCCAUGGCUAGUGCCCCUAAAAUUCUUUCUGCUUUUAAUUCAGUUCACACUUAUAAAAUUCCUGAGGAGAUGAACUCUAAAGCCUACCCUCUGCCACAUACCAACCCUACCACUGUUAAUGAUAUACAAGAAAACAAACAGUAUCACUGCGUUGUGCAUAAGCCAAAUGUCAGAGAAGCAGAUCUGCAAAGCACAGUGCCAGAACCCGGCUGGCGGAAAAGAUCUUUGCCCCACGCUCGGUGCCCAGCCCACACGGGGUUGCAUGAGGGCUUGGGUCAAGAUGUGUCUGAGGACAACCAUGACUUAAAAUAUACGGAAAACCCUCUUCCAGCUAAAACUGCAUCAAAGAAGCCGAACAGUUGUACGGAUAAAUAUGAAUGCUAUGACUCUGAAGGAGAGAUGGGGAAUGGUGUUUGGGAACCAAUCCUCAAUCAACAAGCCAAAAUGCAGAAAUCCUCAGUGUCCCCCAGCUUGGGCAGUCAAUGCUGUGAUCAUACUAACCAAACUGCUUUUUUCAGACCAAAGGAAAAUGCCACAUCUCAUUUUUUAAAUGAAUUCAACAAAGAAAAGCAAGCUAAUAACAUUAGUCCUGACUUUGCAGUGCAUCUAGAACAAGAGAAAACUGCACCUCCUGUUUGUCUGCACAAACAUCAACCUGGGCUUCAAAAUCAGCCCGAAAGACACCUGCAGGGUGAUCUUGCCAGUGAGCAAAUAAACAGGCAGACAACUCCCCUUCUUUACUAUCUUUCUGGGGGGAAAGCCACCAACACCCUGCAUCAAAGGAAGCAUGCCCAGCACCAGGAGGACUUGAGGAACCUGCCAAAGAAAUCUUCAGCGAGCAGUUAUUCUGCCCCAGCACAAACCACAGAUGUACAAAGGGAAAGUAAUUGGCUUCCAAAGCCCAAACCCAACCAUCAGUGCAUUGCUGAUGAUCUGAACGAGGCUGAAGAUGUUGUUCUGGGGAGUCCUGGCUCAUCCGUGGAUGAGAGUUUCAAGAAUGACUACAGAGAGCAACUUAAAGUGGCUCAAAAAAGGGUUCUGAGAGAAACCUCUUUUAAAAGAAAAGACUUGCAGAUGAGUUUGCCCAUUAGGCUGAGAAAGAAACCCUCGCAAAGAUCUUCAAUAGAACAUCUUAGAUCUUUUUCAUUAUCCAGUGCAAAUGAGGAUGCCAAACUUGUUCUUGAUCCUCCUCCUCAUCUGCAAUUGGUAGAACACCUCAGUAAAGAUGAAGAAAUUAGGAGGACACAAUUAGGUCGAAUAGGGGGAAGGAAAAGGGUAACAAAAGAGCAAAAGAAACUGUGCUUUUCUGAACCUGAGAAACUCAAUCAGCUGGAGGAUAAGGAUGUAUCAUGGAGUCAAGUCAGGGAUGAAAUUACUGAGCAAGAUACAGUGGAAGCUGGGAGAAAGACUCUGGAGAACCGAGGAAGGGCACUUUCCAGUUCAGGUAUCUCCAAGACUGAGCUGAAGCAAAUCCAACAUACUGCACUUAUUGAAUACAUGGAACGAAAGAUUAGCCAAAGACCGGGCAGCUCACAACACAUCCCACCGCCUAAUCCACCCGUGCAGAAGAGACCCUCCUAUCCUAAAUGGCCUUCUGGCAAGGUUUCCAAUGCAAACAAAACCAGGAGGUCACAAAACAAUGAGGUUUUCAGCCAGAGUUUCUCUGAAGAAGAAUUUCCAGAGGUUUUUGCUCCCGUGGCUUCGGCUGCCCCACCGAGCUUGACCUGUGGAUGCCAUCCCAGCUCUGCGGCUGCUGCGGUGCCCUUGAAACAGCACUCGGCUCCCAAGGAAGCCGACGGCAGCUGCAGCAGCUCCAGGUGUGUGUCCGCCAACGAGCGCCCCGAGAGGUUCAGAUCAACCCCUCCUGCCACGCAGGACCCUUCCAGAGGUGCAAGUUGUGCAGCGCCGCCAGCCCGAAGCCGAGACCCCUGCCCAGGCUCCCCCAGUUUCCAUGAUGCUGAGAAAGAUGAAUGUAAGAGUCAUGAAAAUAGAGAUGACAACGUAGCCGGAAGCGCGUGCUGUCAGGAUAGGAAGGACCUCACCUCUGAAACCUCGAUUCUUGUCCCAAAAAAUGGAAACGAGGAAGCGCCUCAAGGGGAAAAGGAGUGCAGAAUUCAAUUUCCGAAUGGCAGUGCUUUAAUAAAAAGCACUGGACAGCAAUUAGAGGUAGAUGAUCUUGCAGUCCCUCAGGUGAAAGCAAUGCAUGGCCCAACUGUGUUUGUAGUUCAUCCUCAUCAAGGAGAAAAAAGUUCAGGCAAUGAUUUAGCUGCAAAGGAGCCCUCCGUGCAGAGCAGACAGGACUGUGUCCUCCCAGAAGGAGAGAAAGGGCUGCCUAAAAGGAGGCUGCUGUCUCCCGAAGACCAGCGCUAUGAAGAACUUGCUAAGGAGAUCAUUGCCAAAGACAGUUCUCUGGCUGACGUUCUCAUGCCUCGUCCCAUGAGAAAAACUGCUCUAGACUUGAUGGAGGGUCUUUUUCCUAUUAACCUUUCCAUGUUGGAUAAAUUACACAGGAGAAGGGGAGAUGUGCAACAUGUGCAGGAGAACGAUAGGAAAGAUAAUAAAGAUCUAUCAGCAGAAAGCCCUGAAGCUGAACACAAUGCUGAGCAGAGGAAAGGAGAUCCUGUUUCUAAGGGGAACCAAACCCUGAAUAGCAGCAGAGACAGCAUGAAUGACCUAGAUGACAUCACAUCCAAGAAAAUGGAACUCAUCUCGAGCCUCCGAUCAAAGCUGCAGAUGCUGUGGGAAGAACGGGAGCUGGUGCUCUCCGAAAGCAGGGAAUGUGCAGAGCGCGGCAGCGCGCUCGAGGCUCUGGUUCAGAGUGUCUGCAAACCCAACGAGUUUGAGCGCUACAUGAUGUUCAUUGGGGACCUGGAGAAGGUGGUGAGUCUCCUGCUGUGCUUGUCCAGCCGUCUUGCCCGCGUCCAGAAUGCCAUGAGAAAGAUUGAUGGAAACACAGAUGCCGAGGAGAAGCAAUCACUGAACGAACGACACAAGCUCCUGUCUAGACAGCGAGAAGAUGCGAAAGACCUGAAAGAAAACCUAGAUCGCAGGGAAAGGGUGGUUUCUGGCAUCCUUGCCAAAUACCUGACUGAUCAACAGCUCCAGGAUUACAGGCACUUUGUUCAGAUGAAAACCUCCUUACUGAUUGAGCAGAAGGACCUUGAAGAGCAGAUUAAACUUCUCGAAGAACAAUUAGAAAAUCUUGAGAAAAGCAUCCACCUCUGAUACCCAGCAGCAGAUGAUCUACUUCUGCACAUGGUGAUUUGUGACAUUUUCCGUGUGGAAAUCCAUAUGUGUUCAUUGAACUCGUCUCGGUUUGAUGAAUUCUUGCAAUCCUGUUAGUGCCACAGUAUUGACAAGUGCUUAGGUGACCUAGGCACACGGUGGAAAUGCUUUCCCUUUUGCACAGACCCACUGACAAGAUCUUACAGUACGUAGCAGAUUGCAUUUUGGAAAUGACUGAUAGGAUGUGUUGCUCCUAUUAAUUUGGCAUAUUCCCCCCUCCCCUUGUUAUCUGUCCAUCUGUUCCCAGAUUGACACAAUCUCAAUAAAACAACAAUACAAAUA